AUGGAAGCACAGCGCAUUUGCCUGUCCCUGGUUUAUUCAGCUCACGUAGACCAGGUUCGUGAGUACCUGAAAGCAGAAAAAGAGAGUGCACUUUGCAGUCUUAAAGAGGAGCUCGUACGUAGUCAUAUACAAGAGAUGAAUGAUCUUAAAAAAAUGCAUCAGCUGGAGCUCCAGACCUUGAGAAUUCAACAAGCAGAUGAUGAAGUCAGAUCUACACAAAGACUUAUAGAAAAGCUGAACGAAGCUGUAACUGAGGAAUGUUGUAGGCUUGCUCAGGCUUUAUGUGACAAUCAGAAUGAACAUUAUUCAGCUGCUGUAGAAACUGGUGAUAGAGAAUAUGAUAUUUUCCAUAGACCUGCUGCUGUGAAAGAAAAACUGAGCGUAGAAAUACCAAUACACAGAGGUCAAGCUCAAGUCCCUGGUUAUCUGUGUAAUGUAGCUGUGCAAGAACGUAUGGAUGCACUUCUACACAACAUAAUGGAAGAAUACAGUAGACUGAAAGCACUUCAAACACAGCUGAUGAAGGAUUGUAAACAGAUCAAAGAACCAUGGCUGUCUUCAGAAAGGAGGAAAGAAGAGGAACCUAGCCAUUUGGAAGCAACAAAAGAAUGUCUGCAGACCCCUUCACAGGGUCUAAUGGAUCCAAAGAUUCAAGAAUACUGUUCAAAGGAAAUAGGGAACCUUAAAACACAACUUGAAGAAAAGCAUGCUCAAGAACUGGAACACCUCCGGUCCUAUUUCGAACAGCAGCUGAAAGAAAAUGAAGAGAGGUACACCAUAGAGAUUGUCCAUCUGCAGGAUAAGCUUCAGUGUGUUGGAGUAUCCUCUGACCACACAAGCGUAUCCACAGACUCAGAGAUACAGCUAAAAGGAGUCUUCAGGAAGGUGAAGUGCUCUGAAAAUCUUCAUCACCAACGGAUGGAUAACGUGCUGGAG